AUGUGUUUAACCGAUCAACAACAGGCAGUGGGGAUCUACGGCUUCUGGUUCAUCCAGCAACGCUUCAAACUCGGCACCAAAACCAUGUUCAGCACCAUUGCCGUCGCAAUUAUAUUGCUCGAUGGUUGGGGCAUGAUCGGCAUCUGGACACAGAAAUUUGGUUUCCAUAAUGGCUGGGAAUUCUGGCUCUACCAAGUAUAUUACGGUCUUUUCGUCUGCCCGUGGUAUAGUUACUCGCAAAUCAUGAUCUCCGAAGUCGCACCCCGGGGCCACGACUUCCUUUUCUUUAGUUUGUUCAGUAUCGUUGGCAAGACCUCGUCUUUCAUUGGACCUCUUGUCUCGAGUGCGAUUAUCGAUGCAACGCCGUCUGGAAACGCCUCGAUGCCUUUCUACUUUCUCUUUGGGCUGAGCGUGGCCAGUUUUGCUGUUUUGGCGAUAUGGCUGGAUCUGAAGAAGAGUCGACGAGAGCAGGAGCUGUUUCUUCAGGGUAAGGAUGGAAAUGGGUCGGGAGAUAUGUAA